CGGACCUCUUGCCGGAAGUGCCGGUCAGCACCGCCUCCCGCGCUCCUCCGCAAGCUCGGCUGUGAGGUCGGAGCGGCCACGCGCCCACGUGGUGUUCUGAGCUCUCUUCCAAACGUCUGCGGGUCAGAAUGUCGCACCCUUCCCCUCAAGCUAAGCCCUCUAGCCCCAGUAACCCCCGAGUGUUCUUUGAUGUGGACAUCGGAGGGGAGCGAGUUGGUCGAAUUGUCUUAGAAUUGUUUGCAGAUAUUGUACCUAAAACUGCAGAAAAUUUUCGUGCAUUGUGUACAGGAGAAAAAGGCAUUGGACCCACCACUGGGAAACCUCUCCAUUUCAAAGGAUGCCCUUUCCAUCGAAUUAUUAAGAAAUUUAUGAUUCAGGGUGGAGACUUCUCCAAUCAGAAUGGGACAGGUGGAGAAAGUAUUUAUGGUGAAAAAUUUGAAGAUGAAAAUUUCUAUUACAUGCAUGAUAAGGAGGGUUUACUGAGCAUGGCAAAUGCAGGCUGCAACACAAAUGGUUCUCAGUUCUUUAUGACAACCGUUCCAACUCCUCAUUUGGAUGGGAAACAUGUGGUAUUUGGCCAAGUGAUUAAAGGAAUGGGUGUGGCAAGGAUGCUGGAAAAUGUAGAAGUAAAAGGUGAAAAACCCACCAAAUUGUGCGUUAUUGCAGAAUGCGGAGAAUUGAAGGAAGGUGAUGAUUGGGGAAUAUUCCCAAAAGAUGGGUCUGGUGACAGUCAUCCAGAUUUCCCUGAGGAUGCAGAUACAGAUUUAAAAGAUGUAGAUAAAAUUUUAUUAAUAACUGAAGAUUUAAAAAAUAUUGGAAAUACUUUUUUCAAAUCCCAAAACUGGGAGGUGGCCAUUAAAAAAUACACAAAAGUUUUAAGAUAUGUGGAAGGUUCAAAGGCUGUUACUGAGAAAGUAGGUAAAUCGAAGCUACAACCCAUAGCUUUAAGCUGCAUGCUGAAUAUUGGUGCUUGUAAACUGAAGAUGUCAGAUUGGCAGGGAGCAAUCAACAGUUGUUUGGAGGCCCUUGAAAUAGACCCAUCAAAUACCAAAGCACUGUACCGUAAAGCUCAAGGAUGGCAAGGAUUAAAAGAAUAUGAUCAGGCAUUGGCUGAUCUUAAGAAAGCUCAGGAGAUAGCACCUGAAGAUAAAGCUAUCCAAGCAGAAUUACUGAAAGUCAAACAAAAGAUAAAGGCACAGAAAGAUAAAGAGAAGGCAGCAUAUGCAAAAAUGUUUGCCUAAUAAUGAAUUCAGUUUUGCUUCAAUACUAUGCAUUGAUUGUAUAAGAACAAUAAGGAAAUGUAUGGGAUUUUAUCUGUUAUAUAUGAUCCCUAAUGUGUUUCCUUUGAUACUUAAGUUCUCCAUUGUUUACAGUUUAGGAAUACUGACAUAGUUUCCCUCUUAAUAAAACAGUGUUAUAAAAUACAGUGAAGUUGAUUUUUUUAAAAAUGGUUAUCUGUAAUUGACAAAGAAUAAUGGUGUCCAAUCUAUUUUAAACUCCUAGAGACACAUCUUAUUGAAUAAACAGGUGAAAACUUAAGUUUUA